AUGUGCCUUCAAAUAAGAGUGAGAGGUAGGCCUAUUGAAGCAAACUGUGAAGUUACUGUUCGGAAGCUGACUUGGGAGCUUCUGGAGCUGCUCUUAGAGUUGCUGAUCUGGAGCUUCCAGAAAAGACAAAAUAUAGCUGCCGCCGGAGGAGCUGCCGAACACAAUUCUGAGCAAUUCAGCCUUGGGGCGAGGCAUGUGGGGUUUUCUUUAGCUACCGAACGGUUGGGUGUCUUGAGCAAUUUGUCGGCAUGGUGUACACAGCUAAAGGCUUUGAUAGCCAUGGGAGACUUUAUUGCUCCGGUGGGUGAUGACUUGCCAUAA